AAAGAGGAAAGUGUAUCAAAAAAUUGUGCAAAUUUCCAGACUUUCUUCUCUGUUCGAACACGAAGAAAGUUGAGAAGAAAUUCACUUUCUGUUCGAGGUACAUCCCUACCAACCACUGACUCCGAGUGAUUUAGAUCUAAACUCUAUCUCCGAUUCUCCGUUACUCUCAGUCUCUCGUUCGUCGCCGACGCUGUUGCUUGCCGCAUCUGUCAAACUCCAUCGCCAUCGCUACAGAGUGAGCUCGCCGCAUCUGGUUACUGGACUUGUCCGUUGAGGAAUUAUGCCCAAGAAUGACAAUAUGCUGAUGCCUUUGGUGUCCAUAAUUUCACAGACAAAGAAAGAUCUUUAGCUUGGUCGCUUUUGAAAAGUGAACUAAUUCCCAGCCUUCACCACAAUGGCCGUCUUCUCUGCCACCAGUAGGGCCGAUGUCGGGUUUUUACAUCAAAAUGGCUCCAUUCCGUGCAUAAAUGACAGCCUAGGCGAUGACGAGCUUCGGGCCAUUUUACUUAAGCUGGAAAACGACAAAGAUAAGGAGAUAUUUGGACUAGUUUGUAAACGAUGGCUUCACUUGCAAAGCACCGAAAGACGCAAGCUUUGUGCUCGGGCCGGACCCCACAUGCUCCGGAGAAUGGCGGCUCGGUUCACUCGUUUGGUCGAACUUGAUCUCUCUCAGUCCACUUCCAGGUCUUUCUACCCUGGUGUCACUGACUCUGAUCUUUCCGUAAUUGCCACGGCUUUCUCAUGCCUCAGAAUCCUCAUUCUUCAGAAUUGUAAAGGUAUAUCAGAUAUAGGUAUGAAAGCAAUCGCUGCUAAUCUCCCUUAUCUGCAGUCAUUAGAUGUUUCAUAUUGUAGGAAACUAAGAGACGAGGGGUUGUCUGCUGUGGCUCAGGGCUGUCGUGACCUGAGAGUCUUACAUCUUUCUGGCUGCAGAUUUGUGACGGAUUCAUUGUUAAGAACUCUUUCUGACAACUGCAAUAACCUAGAAGAAUUGGGUUUGCAAGGAUGCUCAAGCAUAACCGAUUCUGGUCUUGUGCUUCUUGUUCAAGGCUGUUGGAGGCUGAAGAACUUAGAUGUAAACAAAUGCAGCAAUGUUGGUGAUAUAGGGGUAACUAGUGUCUCUAAAGCUUGUGCUUCUUUGAAGACAUUGAAGUUGUUGGACUGCUAUAAAGUUGGAGAUGCAUCCAUAUUAUCCUUGGCCAACUUCUGUGGGGAUCUUCAGAAUUUAAUAAUUGGUGGUUGCCGCGACGUAUCUGACGAGUCCCUCAAGCAAUUGGCAGUUGCUUGUAGCAACAGUCUUAAGAAUCUUAGGAUGGAUUGGUGUUUAAACAUUUCUGAUUCUUCCAUAGAGUGCAUACUUCAAAAUUGCAAGAAGCUUGAGAUGCUUGAUAUAGGUUGCUGUGAAGAGGCGACAGAUGCUGCAUUUCAGGGACUUGGAGGUGGACUCUUCGAGCUUCAUUUGAAGAUUUUGAAGGUUAGUAACUGUCCAAAGAUCACGGUAGUAGGGAUUGGCAAUCUAUUGAAGUCGUGCAACUCUCUCAAAUAUCUUGAUGUACGGUCAUGCCCUCAUGUUACUAAAGCGGAUUGUGAUCAGGCCGGAUUGCAGUUUCCUGAAACUUGUAAAGUUAACUUUACUGGGAGUUUGACUGAGCCUGAGGUGUUAUUCUAGAUUGGAAACUAAGGACUCUGGUGUUGGUGUUACAACUUUGAUUGAAUAUUUGAGAAACCUUAACUAGAUUUUAGAGGUCUCCCGUUGUGUCUCAUCUGUCCGACACUUUGAGUUUCACUUGGUAUAAGGUGGCUUUAAACGUCUAGUGCUUUUGGCUUAAGUUUAUUGUCCAACCUUACUGUAAUAUGCAUAAAACAAUUCUAAAUUAGUCUUGAUCUUCUGAUUUGCAAUGUUGAGGUAUAUUCUUUCCAUAUAAGGAGUAGAAAUCUGAGUAAAGGAUUUUCUGUAA